UGUUGAGCCUGUUCUUAAUAGUCCUAGGGCCAUCAGCCAUAAGGUAACAUUACCCCAUAUUGAGCUUCCGACAUUUGACGGCAAGCCUGAGUCGUAUACUAAAUUCAUCGUCUCUUUUGAAAAUUUGAUUGCAAAGUAUAAUUUGUCUCCUUUCGAGAAAUUCUCAUAUUUGUCCAAACAACUUACUGGAGUAGCUAAAAAAUUGAUUGAAUCACUUAGCCUCAAUGACCUAAAUUAUGACAGUGCUAAGAAACUGCUGAACGAUGCCUUUUGCAAUAAAUUAGAUCAACAAUUUUCUGUUAUAUCUAAACUAUGUUCACUUAGGCUGGAUAAUGAUGCUAAAGAUGCAUACACAUGGAUCGGAGAGGCGAGGUUGCUGGACGAGCAGAUUCAGUCAUUGCAGAUUACUGCCGAAGUUUUUACCCAGUAUUUCAUGUGGCAAGGCUUGAAUGACAAGUUUCGUAAACAUUUGACUGCCGUCACGCAGAAAACUCGCCCCUCUUGGCCAUUAAUGAGAGAUGCUUUGUUCGAGGCUAACUCGAGGUUUGUAGAGGAACAAAGACUUGCUCCCGUUGUGUCAAUUGAAUCUGUUGCUGCAGCUGCUGCUGUGAGAUCUAAAGAUAAGUUCAGUGUUUCGUGUGCAUUAUGUUCCAAAGAUCAGUCUGUAAAUGCCAGUCAUCACUUUAGUCGAUGUCCGCGAUAUCCUGACGUGGAGUCCAAAGUAACUAAACUUAAACUUGUUUCUGGCUGCUUGAAAUGUGGAUACACUAACCAUACUACCAAGGCUUGCUCUUUUAAAUUCAAACGUAAUUGUUUCAAGUGCAAUGGACCUCAUAUGACGUUUUUGUGCCAGAAAGAUUCAAAAGCUGUUGGGGGAGCUAAGCCUACGGGCAAUGACAAAUCUAACGUAAAGUCAACUGUUUCUAACAUUGUUUCUACUGUCUCUAUGGCUACUGACUCUUACAAUGACGUAAUUUUGCCUACUGCCACGGUGCAUUUUCCUGGCGUUGGAGAAACUCCUGUUAGGGUAUUCAAAGACAUCGGUUCACAAUCUUCUUUCGUAAAAGGUUCUCCGAAAACCAUUCCAAAUUGUACAAUUGUUAGAAAGGUUAAGGUAAAUGUGAAAGGCAUUAAUUCUGUGAAAACUUUCAAUGCUCCAGUGGUGCGUUUUCCUGUUGAAGUUCCUGGCCAAGGAGUUCAACAGAUUUCAGCCAUAUGCGUACCCACGUUGAACACGGAAGUGUCAGCGAAAGGGCUGGUGAAUCUGUCGAUCUUGUUCAGGGAGAAUGGAUUUGUUCUUUCUGACAAAAAUUUGACCUCUGACCAUAUCAAUGAUGUAACCAUAUUGCUCGGAAGUGACCAAUGUCAUCUUUUCCCUUUGAAGCAGCAUAAUUAUAAAGUAGGGGACAAUGCAUUUUCUGUGAUCUAUGAAACCCCGGCAGGUCUGAUGCUGUCCGGCAGCGUGUCUAAUUAUGUUUCUAAUAUGUCUGCCGUACCGACCCACCUGCGCGGUGAAAUAUGACUAUCUGUUAGUAGCACGGUGGUGGAUUUGAUAGAGGAUAAAGACUUGAUCGAUCGCGCCACAAUUGACAAAGUAACGCAUGAAACGCUAGAAUUGAUGUAUAACCAAUUAAUUGGAGAUUUGCAUUCGGACGAACCAAUAAUGACUGAGGAAAAUCAGCUGUUGCUUCACAACAUGCUCAAAGAUAUCGUGCGUGAUCCGGCUUCGGGUCGGUUAAUAGUACCAGCUUUGUGGAAGCAUGAUGUAUCUCAUUUGUUGGCGUAUAACUAUAAACUUGC